AUGGUGACUGAAUCCAACAACUACCGUCAGAAUUUCGGCUUUGGACCAAACAGUUCCAUGUUUGGUAAUAACCAAAUGAAUCCAAUGAAUCAGCAAGUGGCUUACAACAUGUCACAAAGGGCUCCAAUGAAUCUGCACUUUCAGAAUCCUGGCCGUCAGAUUCCUGCCAUUGGAGGGUCUUCUGUGAAUCCGCCUGCUCAGAAUUUCUUUGCGGAUCCGCCUCUGUUUGCUGCACCAGGUGGUCAUGGUUCUGCUGCUGGUUACAUGACAAAUAAUGGAUUGGUGCCUGCUGCAUCCGGAAAUGACUAUCCGGGCUUGUUUCAUUCCAGUGCAUCACAGAAUCCAGUGGCGGUCCAACCCCGUGCUUAUCCGGUUCCAGCAAAUCCAGGCGUGGGGGCAGGCAGGGCACCGGGCAACCGAAAAGCCAAGAAGAGGAACCAGAGGAACCCUGGGAACAAUAUCAAAGGCCAUUGGAUACCAGCUGAGGACAGAAUGUUGCUGGAUUUGGUGGCCAAGUAUGGAAGCAGGAAGUGGAGUCUCAUUGCUAGGAUGAUGCCUGGGAGGCUUGGAAAGCAGCUGAGAGAAAGAUACAACAAUCAUCUCAAGCCUGGCUUGAAGAAAGAAGCCUGGUCCCCGGAAGAGGAUAUGAAGCUGAUUAAGGCCCAUGAGAAGAUAGGCAACAAAUGGGCCCAGAUUUCAAAGCUGCUACCGGGCCGUAGCGAAAGUGAUAUCAAGAACCGCUGGAAUGCCACCAAGAGGAAGUGCAUCAAUGCCAUAUCCAAAACCCAUACCAACCCAAAGCCCAGUUCGCUGUUUGAGAACUAUGUGAAGAACAUGUUCAACCGAAUGGUCCUGAACAGCAGCCCAGUAUCAGCUGAAUCCACUGUGAUGACUGGGUCUUCCUCUGGAGGCAGCAACUAUCAGAUGGCUGUGACUGAUGCUGAUGGAUCAGGUGGCGUUGAUGAUGGGCUGAUGGACUAUGGGCUGCAGUCUUCUUUUGAUCCAAAUGUGCUGGCUAAUCAUGGACAAAGCUCACAGUUUGAGUCCAUGAGUUACAUGGAAAUGCUCCUUCAGUAA